AUGGAAAGCAAACCAAGCAAUAUCUCCCAUGAGGUGUUCUACUUAAUUGGAUUCACAGAUGUUCAGCCAUAUCGACCACUGCUCUUCAUACCUUUCCUUUUCAUUAUAAUACAUACUUUCAUUGCCAAUGCAGUUAUUGUUGUUGUUAUUGCAACACAGAACAAAUUGCAUAGUCCCAUGUACUUGUUAAUUUUGUCUGUGGCAGUGCUUGGCUUUAUUAAACCAGUAUUGUUUGUUCCAAGGUUCAUGUUCAGUGCACUGUUUAACCAGAAUGCGAUAAGCAGAGAGGAGUGUCUCACACAACUGUUUUUCAUCCAUUAUGCAGGUUGUUAUCAGUCUAGUAUUUUACUUGGGAUGGCUGUUGAUCGAUGUUUCGCAAUUUGCUUCCCUUUGCGUUAUGGUGACUUUGUAAAUCUUAGAAACACACUUAUUUUCGCUACAAUUCUUGUGAUUCGUAACUGUUUGUUGGUUUCAUGGAUGGUCGGGUUGAUAGUACCAAAAACAUUCUGUAAGUCUAAUUUAAUCUAUCAUUGCUUCUGUGAACAUACAUCUGUGGUUAAUUUGGCCUGUGGAGAUCUUACAAAAAAUUACAUAGCUGGUAUAUUCGCAUUCUGCUUGCCAACAGUCGACUGUGCAUUUAUUGCAUUAUCUUACAUAAUCAUUUUCAUUGUCAUAUUUCAUUCUCAUUCAGGAGAAUCACGACAAAAAGCCAUUCACACUUGCAGCUCUCACAUAAUAUGCUUAUCUGUUGCUUACUUCAGUGUUGCAAUUGCAUUUUUUGGAUACAGAGUACCUGGCAUUCCUCGGGAUCUACGUGUGGUGACUAGUUUCCUGUACCUGCUUGCUCCUGGUUUCUCCAAUCCAUUAAUUUAUGGCAUCCGAACAAAGGAAAUAAGAGUUCAUAUUGAGAAAUAUUUAAAAUGUCACAAAAUUACUGCCAUUUAG